AUGAUGUGCCCAAAGAAUUACGACAACUUGCUUAGAGAAGAAGACUACUUCCGCUCUCAGUAUAGAAUCAUUAUUAGUCUCAAGCUCACCGAUGCUCCCGAUACCAUCCAUUACACCGAUCUAAACAUUCAUACCGCUAUCAUGAGUGUCCAUGGCAGCCUCUCUCUUUUUGCAAACGCUCCCGAAUUUAGAAGCGAUGAGAAUGGGGCUUUCUAUAGACAAAAUGAUGCGAUUGUCAAUGCUCGCUUUAAGCUUGUUGAAUGGUUCAAGGAUAUGGAAGCUAAAGAUCUCUUGCAAUAA